AUGGGCGCCACUACGUCGCGUUGCGAGGAGGCUGCUCCCGAGGAGGUCGUCGAAGAGGAGGAGGUCCCCGUCGAGGAGGAGGAGGAGGCCGAGGCUCCCAAGCCGGAGAUCAAGCUCGCGACGGCUCCUUUCGAUCCGCGUUUCCCGCAGCAGAACCAGGCGAAGCACUGCUACACGCGCUACAACGAGUUCCACAAGUGCAAGGCGCAGCAGGGCGAGGACGCGGAGGAGUGCGAGACGUACGCGAAGUACUACCGCUCUCUGUGCCCGACCGAGUGGGUUGAGAAGUGGGACGAGGAGCGCGAGAACGGCACGUGGCCGGGCCGCUACUGA